AUGGCGGCCAGCAGGAGGCUGAUGAAGGACAACACUCCAUAUGAUAAGGGGGCCUUCAGAAUUGAAAUCAACUUUCCAGCAGAGUACCCAUUCAAGCCACCGAAGAUCACAUUUAAAACAAAGAUGUAUCACACAAACAGCAAUAAAAAGGGGCAGGUCUGUCUGCCAGUAAUUAGUGCUGAAAACUGGAAGCCAGCAACCAAAACCGACCAAGUAAUCCAGUCCCUUAUAGCACUGGUGAACAACCCUCAGCCUGAGCACCCCCUACCUGCUGACCUAGCUGAAGAAUACUCUAAGGACCAUAAAAAACUCUGUAAGAAUGCUGAAGAGUUUACAAAGAAAUAUGGGGAAAAGCGACCUGUGGACUAA